ACACCGGAAGUAGAAGGUGCGUCGCAGCCUCUGAUUGGCUAAACGCGGAGCAUGGCGUUUGAAUGAGGGGCUCGUCUCUUGUAGCUGACAUUAGCAUUUUAGCUCAGAAACAGUACAGAUCUCUCUCACUCUUUAUAAUUCUUCAGUGCAAUUAUGGAUUAUUGAACUCUGAGUAUGUUGCGUGCUGUCUCACAAAAUGACAUGAUUGUAAAAUAGACAACAGCGUGUAAAAGGUGGGGUCCCUCUGUGUGGUCAGUGGUCAGGAUGCAGCAAAAGAGGAACAUUCAGAUUAUAGAAUGGGAGGAUCUGGACAAGAGGAAGUUCUACUCUUUUGGCAUCUUUAUGACCAUGACCAUCCGCGCCACUGUCUACCCCGCCACGCUCAUCCGCACACGCUUACAGGUGCAGAGGGGCCGCUCCCUGUACAACGGCACUUUGGAUGCAUUUGUCAAAAUCCUGAGGACAGAGGGAGUGCGGGGCUUGUACCGCGGCUUCAUGGUCAACACUUUCACGCUGAUCUCUGGUCAGGCCUACAUCACGACAUACGAGGUGGUCCGAAAAUACGUCUCAUUGUACUCUGACAACAACACGCUGAAAUCUUUGGUGGCGGGCGGCUCGGCUUCUUUGGUGGCCCAGAGCAUCACCGUGCCCAUAGAUGUGGUCUCACAGCAGCUGAUGAUGCAGGGGCAGCGGGAGCACCUGUCGCGCUUUAAGGUCCACGUGGACACGGGGGGGAGUAAGAGGGUCUUCGGGCCGACCAGGAACAUUAUGGGCCAGAUCUUUGCCGCGGAUGGUCUGCGAGGGUUUUACAGGGGAUAUGUGGCGUCUUUACUCACCUACAUCCCCAACAGUGCAGUGUGGUGGCCAUUUUACCAUUUUUACGCAGAACAGUUGUCUAGACUGGUCCCCUCUGACUGCCCUCACCUGCUGCUGCAGGCUGUGGCUGGACCUCUGGCUGCUGCCACUGCCUCCACCGUUACCAACCCCAUGGACGUGGUCCGAGCAAGAAUACAGGUUGAAGGCAGGAGCUCUGUGGUGGACACAUUCAAACAGCUGAUCUCAGAGGAAGGCUUCUGGGGCCUGACUAAAGGACUAUCUGCUCGGAUCAUCUCCUCUGCUCCCACAGCCAUCGUCAUGGUGGUGGGGUACGAGACACUCAAGAAGCUCAGCCUGCGCCCGGAGCUGGUGGACUCCAGACACUGGUAACACGCAGGAUCACAUAUGGACCACACACUGAUGUUUCUCCAUGCACUGGAACAAAGCCAAACUGCUGCUGAUGACCUUUGUAUGUGUGAGCUGUAUUUUGAGAUUCAGUGGAGCUUAAUAGAUCUAGAUUAUCACUGGUUCUGGAUGUUUAAAAAAAAAAAAAAAAUCACAUUUCUCAAAGUGGAAUAACAGAAGCUUAUCUGUUACUGAGUAUCCAUUUUAAAUGUAUAAAAUAUCAAAAACCACAAACAUGCAUUUACAGUUUUGUCUUUUUAUGAUAGUUUUUAUAAUAGGUUGGGUUAUGUGGUCAUUCUAAACAGCCUAUCCUUAGGUUUCAGAAUAAUGAAAAAAUAUCAUCGUGGCCAUAGCAAUUAAGAAUUUUAAAAACUAAAUCUUCUUUUUUAAAUGGUCACCUCAACUGUCUUAAUUUCUUAUCCCCAUAAACAGGAAACACUCUGUUAAUUUGAGUCCAUCUUAAUUUUAAAUUAUACAUGUGUUUCAAAGUUUUAAAUAUGUUUUGUGCCAUACUAUGGAAUGUUAUACCCAAGGGAAUAAUAUUUCCAUGGAAACAAGCAGGAGGAGGCCCUAUUACGGGCCAGGUGAGCUCGAUUAGAGUAAGGACACAUGUUUUUCAAAUGGUUGUCAGUGCAAUAAACACAUGCAUAAUAAAAAAACUUUCAUGGAAAAGUUAGAUACUGUGGCUUUAAUGUUAGAAUGUCCUGAACGCUCUGUUUUCUCAUCACGUGUUGCGCUGUAGCUGUAACGGUAAAUUGAACUCCAGAACUAGCUGUACUUUUCUGCUCACCUUUAAGCUCCCUGUGUGAGUGCAUGUGGUGUGAAUACAUUGUCCAAUUGGGCAGGGAACUAUUUGUGUUUGGAUAAUGUGAUCUUUUCCUCACCUAUAGAUUUAAGAUGCGCUCCUUUCUCUCCAUCUGAAAUAUAUAUUUAAAUUAUUUUGAAUGCAAAAUACAUUCUGCAAAAUGUAUAAAUAAAAUGUUGUACUAUUUUGAUAAACUAAGAUUGGACUGGGACCCUAACAUUUGUGACCAAGAUUUUUUUUUCUCUUUCAGUAUUUUAUGAAACUUAAAGUGCAUAUGUCAGAUUUUCAUGUUUUUCUCAUUAUGACCUGGUUUAGUGGGAUAAUACCUGUAGUAAAUAUUUAUCAUAGUUUUACAUCAGUUAAGUGGCAGUUUAUGGUGAAAAAAGUUGAGAAGAAAAGUAUAUGAAGGCUUUUUCUGACAGAUUAAACAUUCUUUUAACAUUAUAGUUACUGGCUAAACAACUGAAAUUACCUCUACAUAUAUCAUAUCUGCUGCCAGUGUCCAACCAGGAAGUAACUUCACCGUUAAUAAUUAUUUUGAAUCUACAAAACUAGGCAUUUUUAUUUAUUUGUUUUUUUGUUAAAUCUUUAAUGAUGUAGUGGAAAAAAGUACUCUAACCUGUCACUGUCACCUGACACUUUAAAAAUAUCAAAAUAGUUCUUCUGCUAUAAUUAUUAUUAUUUGGGCAAAUAUUUGUUCAGAGUUAUUUAUUUUAAGAAGUCUACUGAUAUUUUCCCCUUUUUACACACUAAAAUAAAUAAUAAUGCACUACAGAAGCCCUAUGCAAGUGAACAGUUGUUUAACAGAGCAUAAAUGCAGUGCACACUUUUGACCACUAGAUGACGCUGAAGUCCACAGAACGCACUUUAAACAACUGCAGGCCACAAAGGGACUGUCUAGCAUUAAGUCUAUGAGAUAAAUUGGAAACUGGAUUAAUCAUUAUAACAGUUUGUUGAUAUACUUGGAAAUGUAUAUGGUGAAAAAGUAUAAACUAAAUAUGUGUUCUGAAUUAUUAUGUACAUGUACUUUUGAGUAUUUAAUUUGUACCUUCUAUAAAAUAUUUCCUGCUG